GUUCUACACUUUCCAUUAGAGAAUGCCAUCGUCUUCUACGUUUCAUCUAUCAUUUCAUUUUCCAAAUCACCAAAUCUGAAUACACCAAUCAACACUUUCUCGCUUCGAUCUUUUGUUUCUUCGUAGAUCCUGUUUACGUUUUCUCAAAUUUUCUCAAUUCCUUGAGUUUAAUUUACCCAAAGUAUUAUCUUCCAACUCGCGCAUAUCAAACAUGCAGGCAUCACGAGCAAGGCUUUUCAAGGAGUACAAAGAGGUGCAACGUGAGAAGACGGCUGAUCCUGAUAUUCAACUGGUGUGUGAUGAUUCUAACAUUUUUAAGUGGACAGCCCUUAUCAAGGGACCUUCAGAGACUCCUUUCGAAGGGGGUAUCUUCCAGCUUGCAUUUUCUGUUCCAGAGCAUUAUCCUCUACAACCGCCUCAAGUCCGGUUUUUGACUAAAAUAUUUCAUCCGAAUGUGCAUUUUAAGACAGGGGAGAUUUGCCUAGAUAUCUUGAAAACUGCUUGGAGCCCUGCUUGGACUUUGCAGUCUGUCUGUAGGGCAAUAAUUGCUUUGAUGGCUCAUCCAGAACCUGACAGCCCGCUGAAUUGUGACUCAGGUAAUCUUCUGCGUUCAGGUGAUGUUAGAGGGUACCAGUCCAUGGCAAGAAUGUACACAAGGCUUGCAGCAAUGCCAAAGAAAGGCUGAUUAAUUUCUGAUAACUUCUGUUCUCUGUUGUCGAGUUAAUAAGUUAGCAGUUAAUGUAGAAGUUCUUUGUUCAAAAUUUAAUUUGUUUUAAGUGUAUACAUUUUAUUUAAGAUAUGAUUUUUCGAUGUUUUAAGAUAUGUAUUAAAGUGAUGACUUGUACAAAGUGUCAAUGUGACUUCAUUUAUCUGGACUUGAGCUAGAAUUGAGCUGAACAAUUAACAUGCUUGAAUAAUCCUUGUUUGCUUCAAUUUUUAUGAAUGCCAUAUUUCAGUGAA